AUGGAACCAGAGCCGUCCACUGCCGCUCUCCUCAAGGCUAUCACAGCCCUCACCGCCACAGUCGGGUCCUUGCAGGACCAAAUCAAACAACAAGGCCAGCAGCUCACUGAACUCAGGGCCAUAUGCAAGGAAACCGCGGACCUCCUUGGGGAUAAAGACCAGGGAGCACCCCAAGCCCAGCCUGGCCCAUCGACUGGGCCUGUCACUCCUCCCACCCACUUGGGAGGAGAAACCCACACUCCAGGCACGGUUAGGCCUGGGCUCAAAGCCCCUUUCCGCCCCUCAAGAGGGACAGGCUUUGAUUCAGAAGACAAGGAAGAGCCAAGGCGCCCCAAGAAGGAGCCUCAAGGAACGCCUAGGAGGCAUCUAGGGUCCCUAACCCCCUUCGACGCAGGAUCCAGCGUCAAACGACCAAAGAUGGAUCUCCCAGAUCCCUACAAGGGAGAGACCAGGGGCCGGAAAGCCACCCAAUGGCUGGACAGAAUGAUGCUUUGGGUUGCCCUUCACAGGGACCAGUUCGACGAAGAAGAGCAAAUGGUUGUAUGGAUUCUAUACCAUAUGACCGACAAGGCCGCCGACUGGGCACUCCCCAUCAUCGGAGCAAUCAUCAAGGGCGAAGGUAACCCUCCCACUACCAUCCAGGCUUUAACGGCCAAAUUUAAAGAGGCCUUUGCCGACCCCGACGCCAAGCGGGCUGCCGCCAGGAAAAUUGCGGCACUCUCCCAAUCCACCACAACCUCCGAGUACGUCACGGAAUUCCGCAAUCUCAUGGCGGAACUGGACUGGAACAAGGAAGCCUACAUCGCGCAGUUCACGCGAGGCCUCCACUGGAAGGUCAAGGAGUUGCUAUCAACCAAGGAUAGCAUCCCCGACGAACUCGAAGCAAUUUUUGCGGCUGCCAUAAAAAUAGACAACAUCCGCCGCAAAAAUGAGGAGAAUCGCCCCAAAAAAGCCCCUGCCAAGUCCUUGGUCACCGCGACCACUUCCACCACCACCACCCAACGGGUCCGCUUAUCCAAGGACCCUAACUACGUCACGCCGGAAGAACGAGACCGUCGCCGCGCAUCUGGUCUUUGUGUCAAGUGCGGGCAAAAGGGACAUGGCAUCAAACAGUGCCCCAAUGGCUGGAAAGCCACAGUCAAGGAGAAUUUCCCGGCAGAACCCUUAAAAACGUUAGUAGACUCAGGAGCCACAUUGAACUUCAUUUCCCCCUCGAUUGUGGAAAAAUACAAAAUUCCAAAAACCCAACUCGAAAACCCACGAGUUGUGAGAAUGCUAGAUGGUACUAUUUCACAGACUGGUCGCAUUUGGCACCAGGUUCAACUCGCGGUCUCGGCCAAUGGCCAUCCCCACACCAUUCCUUUCCUUGUUUGCCCCAUAGGCAACACACCGGCUAUCCUAGGCAUGACAUGGUUAACGGCAGAAGCUCCUUUGAUUGAUUGGCAACAGGGACUAAUCACCUUCCCCGAACAAGUUCAAAUUGCCUCUGAAGAAGAAGCGGACCCAAACCCUUUAGCAGACCUCCCCCCUCAGUACCAUGAGUUCGCUAAAGUCUUUGGCGAAGAGGAAUUUAAGGUCCUCCCUCCACAUAGGGAGUAUGACAUCUCCAUAGACCUUGUCCCGGACGCCAAACUGACCCCUGGCCCCAUAUACGGCAUGACGGAUGCGGAAUCUAGAGCGUUGAAACAACACAUCGACGAGGAAUUGGCAACAGGCAAAAUCCGCCCCAGCACCUCAUCCGCCGGCGCCCCUGUCAUGUUUGUAAAGAAGGCUGAUGGCUCGCUAAGAUUGGUAGUUGACUAUAGGAAGCUAAAUGACGUCACGCACAAGAACGUCUACCCGCUCCCUAGGCAGGACGACCUCAUGGCCAAACUCAGGCACGCCAAAGUAUUCACCAAAUUAGACUUACGAUGGGGAUAUAAUAAUGUUCGAAUCAGGGAAGGUGACAAAUGGAAAACGGCCUUCAGAACCAAAUAUGGCCUAUUCGAGUACCUAGUUAUGCCUUUUGGUCUUACCAAUGCCCCCGCAGCGUUCCAACAUUUUAUGAACGAUUUGUUCAGGGAUCUUAUCGACGUCACUGUGGUCAUAUACCUGGAUGAUAUACUGAUCUUCUCAGAAAAACCCGAGGACCACCCAACCCACGUCAGGGAAGUCCUAUCACAACUACUGAAGAACCAGUUGUUCUGCAAGCUGUCCAAAUGUCACUUCCACGUUACCACCGUGGAUUAUCUAGGAAUUGUCAUUUCCCCUGCAGGCUUCUCAAUGGAUCAAAAGAAGAUAGAAGCCGUCACUUCCUGGCCCACACCCAGAACAGUCAAGCAAGUUCAGGCCUUCCUUGGUUUUGUCAACUACCUUUGUUGCUUCAUCCCCAAUUUUAGUUUGGUAGCACGGCCCCUGCACAACCUUACAAAAAAGGAAACCCCAUGGUCCUGGGGUAACCAAGAAGAAGAGGCAUUCCAAGAACUGAAAUCCCUGGUCACAAAGUCCCCGGUCCUGAUUCAUUCCAAUCCCAAGCUCCCCUAUUACCUUGAGACAGACGCCUCAGGGGUUGCCAUGGGAGCUAUUCUUAGCCAGCGAGGAUCAGAUAACCGACUACACCCAAUUGCGUAUAUGUCCAAAUCGUUCUCAGGGGCAGAAGCCAAUUACAAUACUCACGACAAGGAACUCCUGGCCAUCAUCAAGGCCUUAGAGGAAUGGCGUAUUUUCCUGGAAGCUACGGACAAGCCAGUUCAGGUAUUCACAGACCACCGCAACCUUGAGUACUGGAUGCAGGCAAGGACAUUCAACCGGCGGCAUGCUAGAUGGCGCGUAUUCCUGAGCGACUUCAACUUUGAAAUACAUUAUCGCCCAGGGAAGCAGUCAGGGAAGCCGGAUGCCUUGUCCAGACGUUCGGACUAUGUAGACCUACCCACGGAACCAGAAGUCAUGCUACCCGCGGAAGUUUUUGCAAACACCUUGGAAGAGGAGGUUGAGAUUGUCACGGAAAUACGGUCUAGACUCAGAGAAGACCCCUCUCUGGAACCAAUCAUCCAGUUCCUUACAGAAGACGCGGAGAAUGCACCCCCUUCCAUUCGAAAGGCUUAUCGGGAUUAUGACUGGGAAGAAGACCUUCUGUGGUACCGCGGAAAAUUAGUAGUCCCAGACUCAGAACUCCUCAAGGAACGAUUACUUAGAGAAUUCCACAACUCCCCAUUGGCGGGUCACCCAGGACAACAAAGGACGUUAGAACUCCUUAGCCGGAACUAUUGGUGGCCAGGAAUGAAAUCAUCCGCCAAGGAAUGGGUGGAAUGCUGCCCUACCUGCCAAGUUAAUCGACGAGCUCACGCCCCUGUCAUCGCCUUAAAGCCGUUAGAGGUUCCCCCUUUCCCGUUCCACACGAUAUCCUAUGACUUCAUCACAGGAUUCCCAAAGUCUAAAGGGUACGACGCGAUCUUAUUGGUCAUUGACUCCUUUUCCAAAUUUGGACACUUCAUCCCUACCACAAAGAAAGUCACAGCUAAAGGACUGGCAGACCUGUUCAUCACGCAUGUCUGGAAGCUUCAUGGGUUGCCAAUCAAGACAGUCUCGGACCGCGGAACCACCUUCACUGGGAAAUUCCUGAGAGCCCUCUACCAGCGCCUUGGAAUCAAACCCGCCUUCUCCUCGGCCUACCAUCCAGAAUCAGAUGGACAGACGGAAAGGGUGAACCAAUUCAUUGAGUUCUACCUCAGAUCUUACGUCACAGCGGAUCACUCGGACUGGGCUACAUGGUUACCAUUAGCGGAAUACGCCUACAACAAUGCUAAACAUUCCGCCACCGGAAAAACCCCCUUUGAGUUAGUCUACGGAAGAAAUCCCGUGAUGAGCCCAUCCAACGUGCCAACAAACAUACCAGAAGCUGACCACGUGGCUGAUACCCUGGCCCAGGAAUGGAAAGAGGCAGAAUCCGCUCUACGAAUGACAAAGGAAAAGAUGGCAGGAUUAAAAGGAAUCACACCGGAGUACUCCAUUGGCGAAAAAGUCUGGCUGGACGGAAAAAAUGUGGAACUACGAACCAACUCCAAUAAACUAGACCCAAGGAGGUUAGGACCAUUUGAAAUCCUAGAAAAGAUCUCCAGCCACGCCUAUUGUCUGAAAUUACCGGAGACCCUGAAGAUCCACGACGUAUUCUACGUGGGGUUAUUGUCCAAAGUCCACGAAAGCCCAAGCCAGCCAUUCCCAGAACGACCUCCCCCUGAAACAAUAGAGGGAGAAGAGGAAUACAAAGUAGAACAAAUCAUUGACUCCAAAAGACAACGGGGCAAAUGGUUUUACCUAAUCAAAUGGAAGGGAUAUGGACCCGAAGAUAACUCGUGGGAACCAGAGGAACUACUUGAGCAUAGUCAGGAGGAGAUCCAACGCUUCAACAAGUCGCGACUGAAAAAGGCUUGUGACUCCGCCAAGAGCCUUUAA